AAUCAUUCAAUACUAUACACUUCAUUCUUCAAUAAUGCAAAGCCUUUCCAUAUGGAUAAUAAUAUUUAUUUUUGUUGUUACUAAGGUUCAAAGCAGGAUUUUAAGAUUAAAUUCUUCAGAUCAAUUUAUCUCGAAUGGAGUUAAUCGAGUCGAAAAUCAAGCUACGUAUGGCCAAUGUGACCAUAUAUAUGGUUUUUUUCCGUGUGCUGAUAGCGUUGGAGGUUUCAUUUUCCUAAUUGCGAUAUAUCAGUACUUGUUGAUCGUAGGAGAAAAGCUCGUCUCGAAUGGAAGUAAGACUCUCUUCAACAUACUUGGUACGGGCAUCUUUGGGGCUACUCUGUUUCAAAUCUUGAAGGCUUUCCCAAGGAUUAUCUUGGUUAUUGCAUCAGGAGUUUUUUCUAGUAAAGAUAAAGCUCAAAAUCAGGUGUCUACUGGAGUAAGCACUAAUGUUGGAGCCACAGUCUUUAAUCUUACUAUUAUGUGGGGAAUAUGUGUCAUAUUUGGCUCAAAAGAGAAGCAUCAAAAAUCAACUAUGCAACCUGCAGAAUCCUACUCACUUUUCAACUCUUUGCAGGUUUUAAGCAAUAAUGGUGUUACAAUUGACAAAAAGACUAAUUACACAGCAGGAAUUAUGCUUCUCUCCUUGAUCCCAUUUGCUCUUGUGCAACUUGUUAAUGCUUUCAACACAUAUUUUGGAAGGCGUAUUGUGAUUUUCACCACACUUGUAAUUUCAGUCUCAUUUUUAUUGACUUACUUCAUUUAUCAGCUUUUGGAUCCAUGGAUUCAAGAAAGAAGUUUAGAAUAUUCGAAAUAUGAGAAUCUCCUAGCUGCUUUUCUUCAGCAUAUGCAAAGGCAUGCAAGUGGGAUGCUCAUUGAUAAACAAGGACGACCUGAUAUUCAGGUCAUCCAAAGGUUAUUUUCUGAGACAGAUAGGGAUGCAAACAAAAGCAUAACACUUGUUGAAUUGGAGAAUUUGGUAAACAAUAUGCAAUCUGGGAAAAUUAAGGUUGAUAAAAAUUAUGCUAUUUCGAAAAUAUUGACGGCUUUUGACCUUAACAAUGAUACGAGAAUCGAUGAGGACGAGUUUGUUGAAGGAUGCAAAAGAUGGAUAGAAGAAGCUAAGAUGUUAGUUAGAAGUGAUGAUUCUACUACUAGAAGAAUUUUGCAUGAGGUUGUUCAACAUUAUACUAAGAAGCAAAGGGAUGAAAUAGCUGAAAUUGAGCAAUUAAUGGCAAAAAUCUUGAAGCAUGUUGAAAGCCAAGCAUUAGAAGCUGAACACAUUCUCAAUGAUGACGGAAGUCCCAAUGUUGAACGUAUAAAAGAAAUCUUCCAUCAGUAUGAUAGUGAUGGGAACAAUUUUAUAACACAGCCUGAACUGGAAAAAUUAGUACUUUCAGUGAAAUAUGGUGAUGUGCAACUAAAUAGCGAUGAUUCGGUCAGGAAGGUGAUGAAUGAUUUUGAUACAAAUCGUAAUAACAUGAUCGAUGAACACGAGUUUGUUGAUGGGAUGACAAGAUGUGACAAGGAGCUUAUUGAUGCAUUGGAGGGGGGUGGGGGAGGGGGGCGUUCUAAUGUUGAAAGGUUGGUUUCUCUUACACCUAUUAACACUAACAAACAACUACAAGUUGAUGGUAGUAGUACUUUCUCCCCAAAUCAGUUUGCUAACCUACAAGAUGAGGAAAGUGAUGAAGAGGAUUGGUUGGUUCAAUGUUUUGAGAAUGUAGCUAGGGAUGCAGAUAUUUCUCCUAGGCAACAACGCAAUAUAUAA